AUGAUCCAGUCCCCUCCACCCGACUCGCCAGACCCCUCGACUUUCUUCUCGACGUCUACCCAAUCGCUCACUGCCCGUUCUACUCCCCCAUCUCACUCGGCUAUCAAGACAGACACCUCCAACAACAACGCCUGCGUCACCCUUCCCUCCAGCUCGCCCAUCAUCAACCCCACCCUGCUCAGGAAGCCCGUCGGUAUCAUCCUUCCGCCCCUCUCCUACCUAUCCUUGGCCAGACCCUACCUCAGACCACAGGCCCACUACGACCCCUCAGAACCCCUCCUCCUUGUCUCCAAAGCCGCUGACCGUCCGUCCAGUAACCACUUCACCGUCUGCGCCGCUAACGGACCCCCCAAAGCCGCCGCCACACUGCACCCCGUCCCCGACGCCCUGCUCGCACUCGGGCUCAAGCCCAGAGCCACUUUUGACAAAUCCACACUCAUCACCAACCCCCUCAUCAUCCUGCUUGCCACCUCCCUCCUCGCCCGCAUUGAUCAACCCCUCACCCUCAACCUCAAAUUUGCCCCCCGCACUUGCUUCUCCUGUCAUCGCACCUUCAACAUCUUCAGCCUCAGAAGCUCCCCCAAGACCAAUCUUCAACCAAACUCCCGUUACGCUACCAUACGAUGA